AUGAUCAGUCCGAUCGCCAAGAGCAAAUCGAAGCUGCAGAACCUCGACGACGAGCUGGUGGUGUCGUUCCUGAAGAGCCCCGCGUUCUCGGAGAUCCUGAACAAGGCGGUGAAGUCGCACACCAACGCGGUAUUGACGCGCGUCGAGGCGCUCGAGCGGCACGUGAGGAAACUCAACGAAUUCAUCGUCGACACCAUCCGGAUGCUCUGCGGCGAGCCCGCCGUCUUCUCCAAGGACAAGAGGGACGCGAAGCGCGCCCCCUCCGAGACGGACCAGAAGGACCCGUGCAAGAUGAUAGAGGGCGAGAUGGUGUGCGAAUUGAAGUCGGCGAAGAUCGCCGAGGGCGCCAAGGACGGCGCCGACGCCAGGGCUACAAUUGCAGAAAUACCAAAACCACCACCGAAGAAGAUAAUGAUCCAUCCGGACGAUGCGCAGCGCUUUAUAGUCAAAUGCAUCGAAAAACAGGGCGUAGAUUCGAGAAAAGCUCAUAUGCUCGCCGAUUGCUUGAUCACAGCUGAUCUCAGAGGCAUCGUGACGCACGGAUUAAACAGAUUGGAAAACUACGUUAACGAUAUUAAAGAGGGAGUGUGCAAUGGCAACGCCGAUCCCACCAUCAUAAUGGAAAAAGACGGGGUAGCUACGGUUUGUUUCGGAACGAAUCCUUUAGCACUGUCCGCUCCAGCGGAGGGUGGCGAUAAAGUCACCAUCGAUUUCGCCACCACGGCAGUCGCCAUGGGAAAGAUCGAAAUGCAGAAAAGGCGGAAUCUGCCCAUCCCGCCGGGCUGGGCGUACGACGAGAACGGCAACACCACCACCGACGCCACCAAGGCGCUCGAAGUGCGGAAACUGGCGCCGCUGGGCGCGCCCGACCAGGCCCACAAGGGCACCAUGCUGGCCUUCCUGGUGGAGAUCCUGUGCGGGAUCCUCGCAGGCAACCGAAUCCGAUUUACGCUAGCAACGUGGAAGCAGAGCAAGGCGCCGGCCAAUAUCGCGCACGCUUUCAUCGUCAUCGAUCCCAAGAGCUUUCCCGCCGGUUUCGACAAACGCUUGGCCGAUAUAAUGAGUUUCAUUAGAAACAUGGAGCCGGCGAAUCCGGACCGACCUGUGCUCGUGCCAGGCGACAUGGAAAGCGCCACCGUGAAGAAAAAUCGGGCACAACCCGGCGUGGAAUACACCUCCAGUCAAGUAACUACCCUGGAGAAACUAUCUAAAGAACUGAAAGUAGAAAUGCCUAAAAUUAAAUACGUCUGA